AUGUCUUUUCUCCAUUCCACUGUUACUCUGUUACUUAUUUUCCUUCUCGCUACGGCCCAGCAGCCCAAUACAAAGUUGGAGGAGCAAGAAAUAAUCCAACGGCUUUUCAACGACUAUGAUUUUCGGGUUCGGCCAAAGGGGACCAAUUCUUCUUUGCCGGGUGAGCGAAAAAUUGCACACAAGGAAACGGAGUAUUUCAGGGGACGGUCCGGUCGUCGUGACAGUCAAUAUUUUCUUGAGAACUAUCUCAAAGAUCGAUGAAGUGAACUCGGAAUACAGCACGUAAGUUUCCCGGGAGCACUAUUUGAGUAGGGGACCUGAUCCAGUGGCAAAAAACGUAUCAGUUUGCACCUUGGAAGUAUCAAAAAAAUGUGGCAAAAUGCUUCCCUCUCCAAGUGAAAAAGCUUCGUUUCCCUCACAUGAAAUCGGAGUCUUUCAUUUGGAAAUGGAGGUAUUUUGCCACAUUUUUGAUACUUCCCGAAUGCAAAAUAGUACGUUUUUUGCCAAUGGAUCAGGUCCAUCACUAUAUUACGAUUUCUCAGAAAUGCGUAGAUUUUUUGUCAUGGGCUGCACCAUGCACAAAAAACCCCUUUUUGCGGGGUGCAUUUGAUGUUUCGCACCGUGCAUUGCAAUAUCGCAGCGACACACGGUUUUGCCAACUUAGAAAAGCGAAUUUCGGGCGCACGAAAUAAAAUUGCAUAGUGCAAAAUGCUUCGAAAUUUCGAAAAGGAUAACUUGCACUGCACGGUGCGAAAAAAAGCAGAAAAAAGUCUACGCACUUUUAAAAAAGCGCAAUAGUCCGUUUGCAAAAUCGCUGCCGUCACUUCUGGCAACAUGCACUGUGCGAGAAAAGUCAGGGUGCAACAGCCCAUAAAAGCCUAUUUCACAGUGCAAAAAGCAAGAAAUUGCACAGUGCAACGAAAAAUUUUGCUUUCCCACAGUGCAUGUCACGCAAAUCACUCCAGCGACUUUACGAACGGAUUAGCGCCAAAAGGAAUUUUAUUUUAAAGCUGUUUCCACGCAAAAAGAAACAAAAAAUUAAUUUUUUCUCUGACCGUCUCUUCUAAGAAUAUCUUCUCCUUUGAAAUUACACUUCAUGUCGCAGAAGUGAUGUUUGCGACAUGCACUGUGCGAAAACAAAAUUUUACUUGUCACUGUGCAAUUUCUUGCUUUUUGCACCGUGAAAAAGGCUUUUUUGGGGUGUCGCUUGCACCCUGACUUUUUCUGCACAGUACAAGCCAAUUUUUUCUGUAAAGCGGGAGAUAAAUUUUCUACAUUACAUUGUUAAGCUUCUACAGACACAAUUUCCAGGCAAAUAACCCUCCGCGAGGAAUGGCUGGACCCCCGAUUGGCCUACAAAGAUAUGGCGAGUGAUGGCUCCGAAGUGCCGAAAUUCCUGCUCCUACCAACCGCAGAGCCAGCCACAGACCAAAUUUGGAUGCCCGACACGUAUUUUCAGAACGAAAAAGAAGCCCGAAGGCAUUCCGUCGACAAACCCAACGUUUUGAUUCGAAUUCAUCCGGACGGGAGGGUUCUUUAUAGCGUACGAUUGUCACUAGUUUUGUCGUGUCCAAUGUCGUUGGAGAGCUACCCAUUUGAUCGGCACGCCUGUCCCAUUGACCUGGCCAGCUACGCCCACACCGCUGAUGACAUAAAAUACGAAUGGAAAGGACAUUACGCACUUCAACAAAAGGCCGGCCUUCGACAAAGCUUGCGCGACUUUGAUCUGGAAGAAGUUGUGGCUGAGGAUUGCAGCGCAAAAACUAAUACUGACGAAUACUCGUGCCUCCGUGCCAAGAUUCUCCUGAGACGGGAAUGGAUUGUCUUGUUGUCUCAGGUAGGUCAAGCGAACCUUCAAAACAAUGAAGCGUGUCAUCGCCAUCAAAAAGUCUUUGAGUUCUGACCAUAUAGUGGCGGACCCGAUCCAGUGGGAAAAAACCUAUCAUUUUGCAUCCGGGAAGUAAAAAAAAUGUGGCAAAAUACCUCCAUUUCCAAGUGAAAAAAACUCCGGUUUCAAAAGCGCGCCCGUUUUUUUUGUGAGGGAGCCCUUCAAAACGGUGUUUUUUCACUUGGAGAGGAAAGCAUUUUGCCACAUUUUUUGAUGCUUCCCGGAUGCAAAAUGGCACAUUCUUUGCCACUGGAUCAGGUCCCCCACAUGUUUUUUUAUCAGUGUGCCGGGAAAGUAGUGGCUUCGGAAUCGCCCAUCAUCGUUUUGCGACGGCUAACCGCAGCUGAAAAGUAGGUGCGCGACUGCACCCCUUUUUCGACGAGGCGAAACAUCAGUCUGUCGGGAAAAUAACGGCGGAUCGUCGCGCCUCGGAAUCGCCCAUCAUCGCAUUGCGACGACUGCCGAAGCUGGAGAUUUGGCGCGCUAUAGCGAUGAGGCGAGACAUUUUGAUGCGACGAUCCGCCGUUAUUUUUCCGACAGACUUAGCUGCGCUGACCCGGCACUAUUUUCCCGACAGACUGAUAAAACUUAAUAUUAUAUAGCUUUACAUCCCUUCGGCCACAGCUGUCAUCGUCUCUUGGCUUGGGUUUUGGCUUGCUACGAACGCGGCAGCAGCAAGGGUGACUCUUGCAGUCGCAUGGUGAGGAUUUCUUGGAAAUUUGGGAUCAAUUGGCAAUAUUUCCAGCCUUAUCAUCAUUACGAUACAAAAUUUCGCAAUUACUCUAAAAUUUCCGGCCGCAACGUAUGCGAAGGCGAUUUCUUUUUGGUUCGAAACGUGUUUGGCGUUCAUUGUUGGCAGUCUGGUUGAGUUUGCUGCAGUGAGCAUCAUCGCCGGAAGAAACAGAAAUUGCCGUCGCCUUCCUAAGACGACGAACGAUCCGGUAGGCCUCCCACGAUUUCUGCAGAAGCCACUACUUGAUGCUAGUCUUUCCGGAAAGUCGCUGGAUGGAAAUCGGCGACAUGCACUUGCUGAAAACAAAACUUUUCUUUAUUCAGUGCAAUUUCUUGCUUUUACACUGUGCAACAGGCUUUUUUUGGCUGUCGCUAGCCCUCUGAGUUUUCCGGCAGAGCCGCCAAAAAUCAGUCCGGCAACUUUUCGGAAGGACCAGUUGUAUAAAAAAUUGACUAUAGUAACCAAUUUUUUGUUCUAGCAAGAUGCGGCACUACCCAGAAGCAGUGAAGUAUACGAGCCGCUAUGCGAAGCCGAUGAUCAACGAACCGCGAACAGCCGCUGGGCAGAGAGGAUUGAUUUCGUAGCUCGAGUAGUAAGCACGACCUCUUUUUUAGAGCUGUUACCAAAAUCGAAAAAAACCUUGCCAAUUUUCAGAUAUUCCCUCUGGCGUUCGCCUGCUUCAACGGUAAGCCCAUCAUCCCGAAUUUAAGUCUCAAAUUCUAGCAUACUAUUGGGCAAUCUACCUACAGUAG